AUAAUUCACGUAAAAUAAGUACCUAACUUGUACAAUUUAUAAACUGUUAUGGCGUUUGUGUCUGAUACACAACGCAUAUAGUAUCUUUUCUUUCGAAAUAAAAAGAAAUAUCGGUAAAUUUAACGAAUCAAUUUUAUUGGAAAAACUAGAUUAUGGCUAUUUUAGGUGUGUUUCAGUAAAUCGGAAGAUUAAGUAGGCGUAUUUCUCCAGGACAGUAUCCCAAAAAGUGAUGUCUGAAUGAAUUUCUCACGGUUUCUAGACAUUCAGUCAUGGUGGGAAGUGCCCAGCAUUGCAUACUUUUGUUCCCUGUUCAGGACUGCUUUCAAUCUUCUGGAUUUUGACAUCGAAGAAUUAGAAGAAGCUCUUCUGACAGAUGGCACUGAGGAGUCGGCUAGCUCCCUCUUGACGGAACUUAUUGUGCGGCUCUUGAAUGGUUGCUUAGGCAACAAUGAUAUCUCGGCUUUUAAUUAUCAGAUGUAUCUGAGGCGAUUGUUUAGGCAAAAAUGUCAAGAUACAGGAAGAUUCAACCCUUUCAAUACUGACAUUGACUUUCAAUUCCUUCCGCUCCGCACUAAAGUGGAGAUAUUGUAUGCACUAUGUGAUUUUCGACUGGAUGCUGAAGAUGUGUUUGAUUUAUUUAAGAACCUUGAAGCUGAAAGUUUAAGAGUGGAGCCACUAGGAUGGGAUGACAACGAUUCAGCUUAUUGGUACUUUUACGGAACGAGAUUAUAUCGGGAGGACAUAAUAAAAAGAAAAGGGAAAAGUAAAAAAAAGAAGAGGGAGAGCAGAAAACGCGGGUGGUUUUAUGGCGACGAUUGGCUCGACGAUGAUGAGACAGACAGAGUGUGGCAAGUUGUAUGCUUCACCGAAGAUGAUUGGACCCACCUAACUGAGAAAUUCAGCCGAGCGACUAGUAAAGUUGAAAAGGAAUUGCAUCGCUCGCUCUCGCAAAACUUCCUUCCAGAAAUACCAAGGCUGUUUCAAGAGAAGGAACGCUUACAACGCAAAAGGUUAUUGGAGCUAGCGCCGCGCCGCACAUCGAGUCGCGUACUGCAGAAGAUCAAGCAGAAAGAGGAGGAGACCAAACAGAGCUCUUAUGACUCUAAGGACGAAGAUAGUAAGGAAAGUCCAAGUGCGGCACGAGAGAACAGAGCCAAACGACGGAAUCAACUGAGAUCAAAAUCGUCAUCGUCGGAUUCAUCAGACAGUUCGGUGAGCAGACAAGACGAAAUGCCACAGAAAACGUCGAGACAGUCGAAAGCGAAGGACAAGAGAUUAAAAAAUUCAUCUACUCAUAAGGGUGAGCCGCCCCCAGGGCCCGUGGUGAAGACCGGUAGGAAAACCAACAACUCCCUCGCGGCCGCCACCGGCCAGAUCGUUAUACCGGACAACGAUGAACCGGUUAAUAGUACAAGGAAGAAACUUAAAACUUCACAAAUAUUCAGUCAAACGGAAGAAGAUAUUCAAACGGAUAUGUAUAAAGUGCUGGAACAACUCACAGCACACGAAGACGCCUGGCCGUUCAUGGACCCAGUGGAAGAAGAAUAUGCGCCGAACUACUACGCCGUCAUACGACGGCCCAUGGACUUACGCAAAAUGGAGGAGCGUCUGGACAGUGGAUACUAUACAGAUUUCUCCAUGUUCAAAGGAGAUUUCAAACUUAUCGUCAACAAUUGCCGCCUGUACAAUGGCCAAGACAAUGAGUACACAAUGAUGGUGGAUAAUCUACAGGCCGCUUUCGAUCGUCUCACGGAGAAAUACAUUCAUCGUCUUUCCUCCUCGGAUGAAGAAAUCGCUGUGGAGUAUCAAUUGCCUACUCCAUCCAGAAAACACAAGUUGAAAAGUAGCGAGUCGCCCACCCCACAUAAGCGGAAGAAAAGGAAAUCUCAUUCUGAUACAGGAGAGGCAAAAUCUAGUUCAUCAGAAAAGAAGGAAGAAGAAGAAGAAAGGCAAGAAGACGACGAAGACGAAAGUGAAGCAAAAAAAAGCAAGGAAUCUCAUAAAAGCCGACACGACAAGGGAAGGAAGAAACGCAAGGGACAUAAGCGCCACGGCAAACAUUCCAAGAAUCACAAGAAAAACUCUCACAAAUCCAAUCACGAAUCAAAAAGACACAGCAGGAAACACGGCAAGAACAAAGACAAGGAAGGCAAAAAAUCCAAACAAAAGAGAAAGAAAAAUAAACACCACGAUGUGGAGCCGAUGGAGGAGUUGAAGAGGAGUGCUUCGCAGGAGUCGCUGGAGAGCUCCAGCAGAAGCAGGAGCGCUAGCCCGCUGCCCUCCAUCCACUCGCACUCGCCCUCGCGCUCGCCCUCGCCGCAGCCGCCCGAGCCAGACUUCCUCAAGGACAAGUACGACAAGAUAAAGGAGCGGCGGCGCCACGCAGCUGCGGGCGCGUGGGAGUCGCUGUUCGACUUCAAGCACAAGGCGGACAAGCAGAACGUACAUGUGCCAGAGAAGAACCAAAAGCUCCGCGAAACCAUCGAAAAGCUCAAGGCUAAAAACGAAAAGUACAAAGACACCUCGCUUUUUAACAGCCUUUUCACACCAGGAGGAUCCGAAAAUGGAUCUCAUUCUAAGGAUUACAAAGGUUCUGGUAAAGAUGAUGAAACUGAGUUCUCCGAAGAUGAUACUGUCGAAAGUCUAAAAGACAAGUCAACUAGUAAGAAAGGCAAAAAGAGUUCAGCAAAAAAUGCAUCAGCCUCUGAAGCAUUGGAACAAGCCGUCAAAGAUAUUAGUAAGUGGCUGGACGACGCCCCCAAGAGUUCUGCGCUCAGUUCUCCGUGCGACAGUCCGGCGCAGACUAUUUCCACCGAGGAGCAUGACAACAGCCGCCUGGACGACGACUCUUCUCUCGGGGAAAAACCGACGCUUUCUCGAAAGGAGUUAUGUCGAAAACGACCAUCUUCGCGUGAACCUAAAAUUGUGAAAAGAAGAGAAAUUCAAAGGACUAUUGAGAGACUUCAGCCUGGAAAAAGCAAGGGUAAUUUACUGACGAAUAUAAGUAAUAAAAACACAGAAAAAGCAGAAGAUAUCACGUGUCUCGGAACGUUGAGUAAAGUUCGUGAUUCCUACAAAGGAGAAGAAUGUAGCCCGAAACUCAGUCUCGGUUCCGUUUUGGCAACUGUAGAAUUCACACUAGGAAAUGAUCAUAAUUUUAAUGAUGAGCCACCUAAGGUUGAGGAGGAAAAAGUAACUACGAAAAUUAUUGAACCUAAAGAAGUUGAAACGGCCGAGGUGAUCGUAGAAAAUAAACCUGACGAAAACCCCACAUUGCCAACAAAAAAAGAUGCUGAAGUAGAAACAGAUCCACCAAUAGUAGUCAAGCCGAGUCAGGAAAAAGCCACUCCAAACUUGAGUGCUUGGUUUAAGGCUUUUGGUGCGCCUAAAACUACAAAUCCUUCUACAAGCACAAAGAAAAAGGUUGAGGAAACUGAAACAGAAGAUAAAACAACUGACAAACCUGACAGUGACUCGAAAACUACAAGUCCAAAGAAUACUACCACGAAAUAUGACUCUCUUAACGAUUUGACCUCGCCUAUCCCUGAUGGCGGUGACAGUCCUAUUCCAAGCGCAACUGCAACUCCGCGCCAACGCAGAACCAGUACUGGGAGCUCAGUUUCGGAAAGGUCUUCAUUUAGCCAAGAUUUGGAUUCUCCCAGACACCAAAUGUCACACACAUCGCCUCUGCUGCGGUCGCCUGCAUCGCCGAGAACGGAUGAUUUUCAGAAAAUUACCUACCCCAUCAUUAAUGGUACUGUUCGUGCUGGAUUUUACCAUGAUACUACUUCCGUUAAGAGUAGUCCUGAAAAAAGUUGCAGCCCCAGAGAUGGACCGCAAUCUCCUUACUCGCCUUAUUCUCCACACGUCUACGCUUCUAACAGCAAUGCAGGAUCGGCUACGCCGAACUAUUUUGUCGAUCAUAACAAAAGCCCUUUACCAACAUAUGGCCAAAACGCGCCACCUUAUUAUGAUACUUCUAAAGCACCCUUAGUCAGCAAGCCUCCAAAGGUUCACGAAGAUUAUACAUCUCUAAGCCCAGACUCAUUUCAGCAAAAUCAUUUUAACGGCCCCUUUUCACCUACACCGUCUCCAUACCCACCUGCGCAAACUAAUUAUUCUCAGCCACAAAUAUCUCCUCAACCUGGCAUUUCAACCUCGCAGCCGGCGAGCGCUGUUCAAAUAUUACCAGAUCCAAAAACGUCACUGUUUCCAGUAAAGAAGAGGACAUACAAUGACCCUGAAAGCCCAAUAUCUUCUAAGAUACUUACAGAAAAUAAGGAGACUAUUCAAUCUUCACUGAUUAAAAAAGACUAUGCAAAAAGUUCCCAGUCAUUACUUUCUGUCCAAACUAUGCCAUCAACAUCAGUGGAUGAUAUAGCUCUGGCCCUCAGCGAGAAGUCCGAAUCAUUGAAAUUAAAUACAUUACGUGAGAAAAAUAAUUCCCACGAUUACACCGAGCAACAAGUCUCGGAAAAUAGAGACAAAAUUUCAUUCGAAAACAAUGUUACAACACGCGAUGAUAAGAAAGAAAUUCCUCAUAUUGAUCUCACAAAACCUGCAAGUGUCACAAAAAAAGACAAUAUCGAUAUGGUGAACAUGGGCUACAUGAACUUAGAAGAUAGGAAGAGUAAUGUAGAGUCCCAUGAUGUGGAAUUUGUGAGCAGAGAAGCUAAACCAAAUUUGGGUCCACCACAAAAAGGCUUCGAAAUAGAGGCGAUUGCAAUCAACCUUGGAAUAAACAACCAACAGUUGCCAAAAUCAUUAAGUAAACCAUCAACUGGGCUGAGUAAUAUGACCCCAGCUCAUACUCAUGAGAGGCCGCAUAACGAAAUCGCCACUAAUCAUAACAUCCCACAUGCACACCAUAAUCAAUAUGAUACAUUGCCGACCGGACAGCCUUUAAACUCAUUUUCCUUGAAUGACAUUGAAGCAGCAAAUAAAAAACUAUACACUAGCACCAAUAACUCUUCAUCAGCCGCCCUCGACUAUGGCAAUUGGAAGAUGAAUCAAAUGCGAAAACCGGAAAUGGUACCAUCCGAUUACUCUGCUAACAAUUAUUCAGCUAAUAAUGAAGAAAAAUCAAAAUCAUCUGAGACUACAAUUCCUAGUGCAAUAAACUACAACAAAACUGUACAACACCAGCAAUGCACUAAUUAUAAUAAUGUUCCCAGAUCAAGUACUCAACGAAAUCAAGAUGUACAACAAAACUUACCAUCCGAAUUAAGAAUACCUAAUCCACGAGGACUUAUUAAAUCUGAUGCAAUGUAUACGACUGCAACAAUCAGAGAUUAUAACUCAAUGGAGAGGAUUAUAGAGGCACGUAUGAAAGCCCACAAAGCUGAGAAACUUGCGCAAAACCAUCCACUUGGAUCAACAUUAUCAUACAAAACGCCAUACAGCACUCAUUCCGCUCUGCCCAUAGAAACCUUGCGAAACCUGCCAAAUAUUCCACAGAUGUUGGAACGAUAUACAAAUGAUGAAAGGUAUUUGUCUAGCUUUGCAAACAGUUCCAGUUCAUUGUAUCACGACAAACCAUUUCAAAUGGCGCAAAUGUUUAAUAAAAAUAUAGCUUCCGAAGCUCAUCACCCCGCGACUACUUCUGCCAGCACAUACUCACAAGCAUCCAGCACUGCGAUGAGUAAAGAUAGCGAUAUUUACAAGAGCGUCGUUAGCGCCCUGAUGGACGCUAAAAAGAACAAGAAGAAGAGGGUUUCAAACGCAACGACACAGGUGGGACAGCCCUACCAUACAUCCACCUGCAACAGUGACGUUCUAACAUCUGUUAGGUCGAAUAUGAUGCCAGCGAGCCCCUUUAACUUCGGUAGUUCCACGAACAUGGCUCUCAGCGGCAUGUAUGCCGACAACGGCGGAUUCACGAUCGAAGACUUCCGCAACAACACGAAUCAUCUGAUGGCUGCCAACUACAUGGCGGCAGCAGUGGCUCACCAGCAAAGGACUAACGAGGCGGCGGCCGAGAAAUUAGCGAAACCAGCGCACCAAAAUUCGAACCACCAGAGCACCAGCUCGUUGCCUUUCAUUGGGCACUCGCAAGUCCGUGCCGGGUAUCCAUUCGUGGGCACGGAGCCGUCGUCGCCUCUGUACCAACAAUACUUGCAGCGCUAUCAGGAGGAGCUCCAGCGACAGACGAUGACCCUCUACCCGUCCGCGUACAGCCAGCCCUAUGAUUCCAUCAACCGGCCUUCCUGGCUUUAAUUAUAAUCCUACAUCCCAGUGAUGGAGACCACAUAAUAAAUUGCUAUUUUAUGAUUAUUAAUUAACUAUCAAUGUGACAACUGGUAUAGGAAAAUGUAAUUUAUGUUGUUUGUAGAGUUAUUAUGAUAGCAUCUUUGUGAAAAUAAUAAUUAAUUAAUCAUUAUUCAUUCUACGGAUUCAAUACUGUUUUGCAAGAUACAUGACAAUUUACUAUUAGUGACCCAUGAUUAUUAUUAGUUUGCAGCAUUUGCAGCGUUAGUAUAAUUUCUGCCUGUGAUGAUUCAACAGAGCAUAUUGUGACUCAUUAAAAUUAUAGUUUUAAGGAAAAACAACUUCUAAGUUUCUGUUUCUGCUUAAGAUAGGUGUUUGCGAACAAAACGAUAUCUGAUACUUGUAUUGUAAUACUUGUGUAAUACCUACAGUGAGUGAAGGAUGAUUUUGUUUCUCUGUGUUAAUGUUAAUAUAGCUAAGCUAUUAAGAAAAUGUCAUAAUCAAAAUAAUGUGAGGCUCAAGGCAUAUUGGCGAAGAGUAGAAGCGACGCAAGUAGUUAAUUCGCCACGUCACGUAAUUCAUCAGCUGCCUAGUAAUAAUAUAACUAGGCGGUCGCAAAAGACGCGAGAUCCCGUGCGCGACGUUCUCUGGUUGCGAAGUAGGUAGGUAGCCAUGUAGUACGAGACGUGGUGGAAAUGAAGUUCAAUAUAGAUUCGUAACAUUUUAGAAAAGAUGCGUCGCUUCAGUAGAACUCGUAGGCGCGAUAUGCUUUGAUCCUAAAAAAUUAGUAGUGCAGGCCAUGCAAUAAAUAUUUUUAUUUAAUAUUUUUGGAGAAAAAUUACACAAAUUAAGUUUAUUACAUAGUUAUUAUUUAAUGGAAAAUAUUAAUUAUAAGCUCAGCAUUGCAAUUUGUAUUGUUAUUUUAUAUUGAUUUAAAUUCUAUGAUUAUUAUUAUUACCUAUUAAAUUUUCUUACAUUCAUUGUUGUGUAAAUAUUUUAAUAUUGAUUUAAUAUUUAGCAGCAUUAACUAAGUACUUCUGCUUAAAUAUUAAUUAAGGAUUAGAUAUGUUUAAUAAAAUUACUAAGCAUAAGAAAUAUUGACAACAUUCUUCAUGUGUAAAAAUGGAAAUAAAGAUUUUCAAAAUA